UUGUUUAUUGAUUGGUAUUGAUACAUAUUUUCUUACUCAUGUCUCGUUGAAUUCCUUUCACUAAAUUGGAUACGUUAAGUAAUAGAUUAAUAAUGACCGAUAAAAAGUAGUUGAUAAUUUGUUAUGAUAUGAAAUGAUAUUAAGAUUAUUUUAAGUAGAUAUCUACCAAAUAGAAGUGAAAAUGGCCAGUAUUUCAAAUUCUACAAAAGAUGAACCUCAAAAUAAGUCACAAGACAUAUAAGUUACAGGCUGGAUUAAACGUACGCAAGGUGAUGGGAUGGAAAAUGCAACGGCUGAAAAAAUUGAAGUUAAACAGACAAAGUGCCGUCUUGGUGAAACGUUAAUUUAUCAUCCAACAAAUUUGAAACAAUUAAGUUCAACUCCUCCAGUUAUGCCAAAUGGUCCAAUAGUAAAUUUAAUACCAAGGCAUGUUAAUAAUGCAAAACAUGAGAAACAUAUUUUAUGUUCAUUAAAAUCAAAGGAGCCAAAAUUUAUUCCUUAUGAACCUUAUAAAGCUGCAGUCAAUCCAAUCAUUCCAUAUGAAAAAAAGAAUAGAAGAUUGCAAAAAAGUAAUGUAAAUGUGAAUAUGGCUGUCUCUCGAGUUGCUGCAAUGAAACUUCAUGAAACAAAGGUAUCUAAUGAUUUAAAGACAGUAGAUGAAGAUAAGUCUGCAGAAAGUGAUUGGUUGAUAGAAAAAAAGGCAUACGAAGCGGAAAUACAAAAGCUUAAAGAAGAAAAUAGUCAACUUGAAAAUCAGUUGAAAUUUCAAGCACAGGUUAAUGGAGAAUUAAAAAAUUUAUUAGUAGCUGCUGUUGGAGAAGAUCUUGAAACAAAAGUUCAUUUAUUGACUGAAGAUAAAUUGCAACUUGCUCGAGCUCUUUUAAAUUCUGCUCAAAAUUUAUCAACCCAUCAAGAACAAACAGAGUGGUUAGCAGGUCAAUGUGAAGUCUGGAGGAGUAAAUUCUUAGCCAGUAGCUUAAUGGUUGAAGAACUUGCAAAAUGGAAAGCAGCUCUUUGCCAAAGAACCACAGAUCUCCAAGAAGCAAUAAAAAGACUUCUAGAGGAUCGAAAUCUUAUAAGAGAUAUAUCCCUUAAAACAUACAGGAUACUUAGUAUUUUGCGUGAAAAUUUUGAUCAUGUUGGAAGUGUUUCUUGCAAGAGGCAUGUAUUACCAAGUACAAAUAUAAUAGAUUUAGUACAAGGCUGUUGUCAACUUGCAGAAAUUCUAAAAGUUCAAUUAUUAUGUGGUGUGGAAAACAUUACUUUACAAAGAGAAAUUAAUAUAACUGGCUUAGAUAUGAAAACACUUGCCGAAAAGACUGCAGAACAACUUCUUAUGAAUCCAAAGUUGCUCAUGUCAGGAAGACAAGACGUAGCUUGUAGUGCAGUGAUGGGAGCAGCUGUUGCAAUUGGUGGCCAAAUAUUUCUUCCACGAAGUGAUUCAAAUAUAACUUGUUGUCCUCAUUGUAGUGGUGAAAUUAAACAAAUAUAAAAUUUUUUAUUCAUGUAUAUUUCUAUAAGUUAUAUAUAGCAAAAUAAUUACUAUAUAACAUUAUAUCAUUUUAAAUUCUUAUAUGCAUUAUAUUAUUUUUGUAUUUAGAAUUGUCAGUUUAUUUAUAAUAAUAUUAAAUGACAAUAAAAAGAUAAUCAUAUAAUGUCAA